CAGUUUUAUUCUUCCCAUUUUACAGAGAAAGACAAGAAAGGUUAAGUCACAUAGAUGGAACAGGCUGAUGCCAGAAUGGACACCCUCAGCUUCCUCAGCCGCCCCCAGGUUGACUCCAUCACCGAGGGCCAGGGUCCCAGUGCCCCCAGGCUCUAGGAGCUGCUAUUUGGCUGGGGCUCCCCGGAGAAGGUGAAGCUUAAUGAUUUAUGGGUGAUUAGCUGCAAGAAUGCAAACGCAGAAGACACAAACCUUUAUGCCCUGGAAAUCUGUCACAAGCCAACCAGUUGUUUUCCAUCCCUGUGAAGCAGGAGUAAUUGGAGGUCUGACAGAAGAACUUCCCAGUUACCAGAAGGAGCAGCACUCACGCACUCUUAGUUUUGUGUGAGGUAUUGCCCCUGCCUUGGUCAACAGUUCGAGUCGGAGAGAGGGGCACUGGGCACAAUCCCCACCAGAGGUUCCCAUUCACAAGACCCCGUGGGGGCUGGGAGAGGCCCUGGGGCAGCAGCCCUGGGGUAACCAAGGGAACAAACACGGAAAACCAGGGACGUCAGUCCUUAUCUGGAGCUCAUUAAAUGGGGAACAUCAGUCAGCUGUGAAGGCUAAGAUAGGGUGAUAGGCACGUGGGUGGGCUGGGAUGGGGCAUGGGGGCAGACGCCGCCAUGGAGAAGAGGUAUUGGCCUCAACGACUCCACCUCCCCACCACGUGCCCAGAUCCGGGAUGGAAGUACCCUAUAAAUGCCCACAACCCAGCCUCCCCAGAGGCCUUGAGAAAGAGAGCGGUAGAGAGCGAAAGAGAGUGCCCAGAGCCUCCUGGCCCUGAGACAGCCCGGCCAGCCACGCAGGACUCCGCAGCAUGUGGGAGCUCCGCUCCAUAGCCUUCUCCAGGGCCGUGUUCGCAGAGUUCCUGGCCACACUCCUCUUCGUCUUCUUUGGCCUCGGCUCAGCCCUCAACUGGCCACAGGCCCUGCCCUCUGUGCUACAGAUCGCCAUGGCAUUCGGCUUGGGUAUUGGCACCCUGGUACAGGCUCUGGGCCACAUAAGCGGGGCCCACAUCAACCCAGCCGUGACUGUGGCCUGCCUGGUGGGCUGCCAUGUCUCCUUUCUCCGAGCCACCUUCUAUGUGGCUGCCCAGCUGCUGGGGGCUGUGGCCGGAGCCGCUCUGCUCCAUGAGAUCACGCCAGCAGACAUCCGCGGGGACCUGGCUGUCAAUGCUCUCAGCAACAGCACGACAGCUGGCCAGGCGGUGACUGUGGAGCUCUUCCUGACGCUGCAGCUGGUGCUCUGCAUCUUUGCCUCCACCGAUGAGCGCCGUGGAGAGAACCCGGGCACCCCUGCUCUCUCCAUAGGCUUCUCCGUGGCCCUGGGCCACCUCCUGGGGAUCCACUACACCGGCUGCUCUAUGAAUCCCGCCCGCUCCCUGGCUCCAGCUGUCGUCACUGGCAAAUUUGAUGACCACUGGGUCUUCUGGAUCGGACCCCUGGUGGGCGCCAUCCUGGGCUCCCUCCUCUACAACUACGUGCUGUUCCCGCCAGCCAAGAGCCUGUCGGAGCGCCUGGCAGUGCUGAAGGGCCUGGAGCCGGACACCGACUGGGAGGAGCGCGAGGUGCGGCGGCGGCAGUCGGUGGAGCUGCACUCGCCGCAGAGCCUCCCACGGGGCACCAAGGCCUGAGGGCCGUCAGCGGCCUCUACGGCCCCGAUGGACGCGUGUGAGGCCCGAAGCAGAAGGGCCCACCCCGUCCCUCCUCUCCCCCAGGUCUGAAGUUGGCCCCCCAGCGCAGAGUAGCUGCUUCCUGUACGUGCGCACGUGCGCGCCGAGGCCAGUGCUGUGAGCAAGCGUAGAGGAGGCUGCCGGAGGGAGCCCUGAGCCUGGCAGGCCCCCUGCCCCGAGGCUGUGAGCAGCCAGUAGUGGAUCCUCCAGCCUUUUGCAGGGAACUGGGAACUUGGGGGACUGAGCUGCGGAGGGAGGCAGGUGGGUGGUAAGAGCGAAACUCUUGAGAGCCUGCACCCAGGUACCGGGUGGGGAGUGUACAGACCCCUGCCUUGGGGGUUCUGGAAAGAGUGCAACUGGUUUUAUUAGUGUGCAAGUGUGUUCAUCCCCGAGUUCUCCUUUGUCCUCACAUGCAGGGUUGUGCAUGCCCCUGAGUGUGACCAGGUUUGCCUACGUUGGUGCAAGUGUGCACGGCUGGGGAAUUCUCACUUCCCCUUGCACCCCUUCCUCCCCAACCUGCAAUAAAUCCACUUCUGC